AUGGCAGCUGAUAGUGUAACUGAAGCUAGAAUCGACACAUUAUGCCAUCAAAUAGAAGAAUUUGGGUUUUGCAGUCAAACCUUCCAUCAGAAUUUGAAAGGUGGUUCUGCAGACUAUGUAGGGCUAAUUCAAAUAGCAACCAAUCAAGCCUAUAGCAAUGUAACCAAUACACUUGGAUACAUUGAACAACUUUUGAGAAGCACAACCGAUCCAGCACUGAAGAACGAUUUGAUAGUAUGUGAAAAUGCAUUUAAGAUAGUAAAGCAAGCAUUUGGUGAAGCACUUAAGUUGUUUUCACAAAGAGAUUAUAGAGGAAUGUUGAGUGCUGAAAGACCUACACCAAGAGCACAAGCAAGCUGUGAUGUAAUUUUUAGUACACCACCAGCAAGACAUAGCCCAACAAUGGAUGAAAGGAAUAGGGAGAUGAGAAUUUUGAUUGCCAUGGCUAUAACAUCUGGCUCUAACAUUCACUGA